AUGAGUGAAACUAAUCCUGAUUUUAGAACAGAAAUUUCUCGACAUGAAUCAUGUCUGAAUACAUUAAAUGAAUUUUUAAAAUAUGCUACAAUUGAACAAGAUUUAUAUGAUACUUUUGAAAAAUCUCGUCAAUUAUCAAUUGAAUCUAACCAACCGAACUUUGCAAUUAAUUGUCAACCAAUUCCAUCAUUAACAACUAUGAUUAAACAAUCAAAACAACAUUUUCAAUUUAUGACAACAAAUACAUCUCCUUCCUACUCGUUACCAACACAGAGAUGCUUUUUUAAAUAG